AUGCUCGGCGAUGGACCUGGACUUUACUUGGUCAUAUCAGCCUUGGCGGUAGCUGUGUUAAGCUGCUGUCGGAAAUAUUGGCUCAAUCACUCGCGUCCCCCGCUGCCGCCUGGUCCCACCCCACUUCCAGUACUAGGAAAUGUUCUUAGUCUUGAUGCUGGUCGGCCUUGGUUGACCUUCAAUUCCUGGAGAUCCACAUAUGGUGACAUCAUUUCUGCUCGUCUAUUCAGCAAGCAAGUCCUGGUCGUUAAUUCCGAGGAGGUCGCGAAAGACCUCUUUGAACGGCGUUCCAGCAUAUAUUCGGACAGACCCCAGUCGAUUGUUUACGAAGCCUUCGCUUCAGAUUUUAACAUGGGGUUCAUGCCAUAUGGAGACAGAUGGCGCCUUCACCGACGAAUAUUUCAUCAGGCAUUUCAUCAAGCUGCUAUACCCGCUUAUCACGACGUGCAACUCCGUUCCGCCCAUAAAAUGUUGUUCAGUCUUUUGCAGGAGCCUAGCAAUUAUCCAUGCCAUUUUCAGAUGUUUACGUUGUCAUUCAUGCUGUCUAUUAUAUAUGACUGUGAGGCGAAUGCUAAGGAUGACGGCGUUGCCCACGCCAUCACAAGGUACGGGGACCUCAUAGUCGAUGGCUUCGCGCCAGCUGCUAUGAUGUUAAUGGAAACUUUUCCUUUCCUUUUGCAGCUACCUAGCUGGUUUCCUGGUGCCACAUUCAAGCGAGCGUCGUUCAAGUGUAUCCAGGCAGGCCAUGAUGUGAAGGAGAUCCCCUUUCAAUAUAUCAAAGAGAGGAUGUCUAUCAACGAUGCGGGGCCGUGCUUGGUGGCUGAUGCUUUGAACAGGACGAGUCAAGAGGACGACGUCGGUACAACUGCAAUCAAGGAGGCUGCUUCCGUUGCAUUUACAGGUAUGCGAACUACUGCCACGUUACUUGUGUUCCUUCUUGCUAUGGUGCUCAACCCAGAGGUACAAGCUAAAGCGCAGGAGGAGAUUGAUCGAGUCGUUGGCAAAGAUAGACUCCCCAAUUUUGAUGAUAGACCAGCGUUGCCCUACCUGGAAGCUGUUUUGCGUGAAACGUUCAGAUGGCACCCAGUGAUUCCAUUCGGCGUCCCGCACGCAACGACGACCAGUGAUAUCUACAAUGGCUAUUACAUUCCUAAAGGUUUGGCGAUGACGCACGACGCAACGAAAUAUCCCAGUCCCGACGAAUUCAAACCGGAGAGAUUUUUCCAUGAUGAUGGGUCCCUCAACAGCGACACUAUGAAUUUAAACUUUGGCUGGGGUCGCCGGAUUUGUGUGGGACGACAUGUCGUAGACGCGUCACUCUGGAUCGCGAUCACAAAUUUCCUGGCGUUUUUCUCGACCCACAAGGCUCUUGAUGAACACGGCAUGGAUAUCCCAGUCGUCCCGAAGUUCACCACUGGUUUCACAGUUCAUCCGGAGACAUUUCCCUGUCGCAUUCUCCCGCGAUUCCCCGGUGUAUCUGUGAAGACACUGACGCGUUUGACUGGCUUAGGUUUGUUCUGUCGACAACAUUUGGUAUUCUGA